UUUGCAGUAUCAUUCCGGACCCCCGAAACAAUUAGUCAUGUAAUGGAAGGUCUAGCACGUGUAUUCCUGAUUGGUGGUGCUUCAAAAGCUGUUCGAUAUGAUGAGCAGACAACGAUUGAGCGUGUUAUCCAUGUCGUCGCGCGAGGAAUCGGAAUCUCACAAGUUGCCGUUGCACACUUUGCUCUUCGACUCGUCACGGGUCCAUCUCCACAAACAGCGGGUUCUGGAGAUUCACUUUGGCUUCAUCCAAUGCUUCGAAUUACACAAUUACCUCAUAUUUAUGCAAGACAUUUGCCAAUUGGAGUUUGCGAUGAAAUUAAACUAGAGAUGAGAAUGCGAUUUAUGCCACAAUCAGUAUACGAGCUUCAAGCGACCGACAGUUCUGCAUUUGUGUAUCUGCAUGAACAAGUCGUUGAUGAAUUCUUUUCUCACGUUGCCUGGAGAUCAUCUGUGGAAGUUGCACUGGAAGUUGCCGCACUGAAAGUUUGCAGGGAUUUUGCAGAACAUCAGCACAACAAAGGCGCUGACCAUCAUCUAGAAGAUCUUGAUAUCGAGGCUUGCAUUCAGUCACUCAUUCCAAACGUUUUGCAUAAUCCGGGUUUCAAACAUAGUCAUCUCAAAAAGACAUUCACUGCAUAUAUCAAAAAGUUCUCAGCGACUUCGCCAAAUGAAUCAAUCAUCCGAAGCUUGGCACUUUUACUUGAAGUCGUUAAAUUUGAUGUGGAGCUAUUCAAAGCAAGUCUUGGAGCAGGGUGGACAAAACCCGUGGAGCUGGUUGUUGGACCACACACAGGACUUUCAUACAGGCUUAAUGAACGAUGUGAUAGCUCCCGACUGUUGGAACUCCGGACGAUAGCAGAAAUCACAAUUAGAAAAAUGGAGAAUGGUUCCGAAAAAACACUGAUGCAGUUGAAUCUCUCUGGAGCUGCAAAACCAGUUCUUAUUACUCUGUCAACUGAAGAACUUUCUCAAUCAUUGGCACAUUUGCUAGAUGGAUAUCAAAUGUUGUAUAAUCAAAGGGAUAGUGUGUUCAAGUUAAAAGGAAUUGAAAGAUGUGAAACUUUAACAAUGCACGAAGCAACGAUUCGACCGAAAACUCCAAAUAAUAUUGAUAGUAAUAUACGUCUUCGAAGAGAAUUAAUAACACUGAAAGAACUCAUUGGAGGUGGACAAUUUGGAAAUGUAUACAAAGCAGUUUAUCAUGAUUUGGAGAAAGAUGAACGGAUAGCUGUGGCGGUAAAAGUUUGUAAAACUGACGCCGAACCUGCAGAUACUCAACUCAUCCUUCAAGAGUCAAGUUUAAUGAGAAACUUUCGACAUUCAAAUAUCAUUCAACUGAUUGGAGUUUGUGUCGAUCAACCCAUGUGGCUUGUCUUAGAGUUGGCGCCGAAAGGAGAACUUCGAGAGUAUUUACAACAAGAAAAAGAUUGGCUUCCACUUCGGAUAUUGACAUUAUUUUGUUCUCAAAUCUGUGAUUCCUUAGUCUACCUACAUUCAACUAGAUUUGUACAUCGAGACAUUGCAGCUAGAAAUAUUCUCGUAUGUUCUCCCCAAUGUGUAAAACUGGCAGAUUUUGGACUUUCCCGAGCGUUAGACUAUGAUGCAGUGUACACUGCUUCACGAGGCAAGCUACCAAUAAAAUGGCUGGCACCUGAAUCAGUCAACUAUCGACAGUUUAGCAUGGCUUCUGAUGUUUGGAUGUUUGGAGUAUGCAUGUGGGAGAUCUUCUCACUCGGAGUGAAACCGUGGGCAGGAGUUACAAAUAGUGACGUCAUAAUGCACAUUGAGCAGGGAUCUCGACCACCAUGUCCGGAAAAGUGUCCAACUGCGUUGUACAAUUUCAUUCGUUCCAAGAUGUGGGCAAUUGAACCUCAUAAGCGGCCAACUGUUGAUCAGAUUUACGCGAUAAUAGAAGAUGUUAGACAACAAAUUAUUCAAAAUAUUCCACCCGAGCAGAUCAUUGUAGGAAAACCUAUGACGGCAGCCGGUGUAAUUGUAGCCGAAAUGUCAAGCCUUCCGGGGUUAACACUGUAUCGAACAAUGGAAGACCAGAAGCGACAAGCAGAGGAAGAUGCGAAAUGGUUGGAACAAGAGGAUGAUGAAGAUGAAGAUGAUCAAGAUAUUGAUCAAAUACCAUCAACAUCUCAUUCAUCCGUGGAGAAUAUUCGAACUUCCAACGGCUACCUGCAUCACACGCCAACAUCAACAAGAUCACUAAGGUUUGAGGAUAAGACGUCUCGCGGACUGCGUCGUAGCGUUGAUGGAGUGUGUGACGCAGUCACCAAACUUCAAAACUCAUUCAACAAUCUGACACAUAACGACGACUUCCUGCAUUCUGUCAAAGAAGUGACAUCUCAACUUCGUGAGAUGUUGAUUGUCGCUUCUGGAAUGCGUGAUCGUGUCACGACGACCACACAGAGAACUGACGUUGACAUGACGAAAACUUUGAUUGCAAAUGAUAUGAAACAAAUGAGUCGGGUUAUGGGGAAGUUACAGGUUAAUGGACAUCAGGCGACAUACAAUACACUUCGCAGGGAUGUUGUUCGAAUCUGUGGCGAGCUUGCUGUAAACUGCACAACUCUUCAACUUCAACUGACACAACCACCACUGGAAAACGAGUUCUCAUCGCUUUUAUCUAAUUGUUAGAUAUUGAAAUUACAAUAUUUUUUAUCAUUCUCUAGAUGUUCCAUUCAUCGGGUUUUUCAACCAAUUUUCUCACUCAUCAAUGUUUUUCAAAAGAGAUGAUCUCUCUCCUUGAGAUCCUUGAGAUGAUCUCUCUCUCACUUUUUCCUUCUUCCGGAAUAAAAUAGUAUUCAGAAUUGAGAAGACGUCAAUGUUCACACAGACUUGGCAGUUCCCACAUAGAGAAAUGCCACUGCUAUUAGCACUAUUACGAUAAUAAACCAACCGUCU